GUCAUACUUGUCAAAUUUUCGUUGUCGAGUUUGGUGCGGGCUGCGGAUUGCAGUUGGAUGUUUGUGAUCGUUAAAAAUCUUGGGUGUGUUCAUCGCGUGAUAGUAUUCAAUGUGGCUGUAAUAUCGUGAAGAGAUCCACAGAAGUUUAAGUGUUAAUAAUGUUGCGAUCUUUUCUGGAUAAAUUCUGGAACGAGGAUGUGUGGUUGCCGCCGAACACUACUUGGGAAGAUCUUACUCCAGGACCUGAUAAGGCUGUGUCUUAUACUUACCAUUGGGAUCUGCUGUAUCCCAUACCGUUGGCAUUUGUACUCAUAGCCCUUCGUUAUGCUCUGAACAAAUACUGGUUCGCCCCUUUUGGCAUGUCAUUGGGCAUCAAAAACACAAGACCAAAGAAAGCCCCUAGCAACCCCAAAUUGGAGGCAGCAUAUCAGUUAACUCCAAAAAUAAAACAUAAACAGUUGUUUUUGAGCAAGGACGAGAUCCUAUCCCUUUCUAAGCAAGUGGAUCUGACAGAGAGGCAAGUGGAGCGAUGGUGGCGCCUGCGCCGGAGCCAGGACAAGCCGUCGAAUCUGGUGAAGUUCUGCGAGAAUCUAUGGCUGUGUACCUUCUAUUUGUACAACUUCUCUUAUGGCGUCUUCGUGCUGUGGGACAAGGACUGGUUGUGGGACAUCGAUCAGUGCUAUGUGGGGUAUCCUCAUCAGGGUUACACCAACGACGUGUGGUGGUACUACAUGAUCUCCUCAGCUUUCUACUGGUCUCUGACCUUCUCCCACUUCUGGGACGUGCGCCGCAAGGACUUCUGGCAGAUGUUCGUCCACCACGUGGCCACCAUCGCGCUGCUGACCUUCAGCUGGGUCUGCAACCUGCACAGGAUCGGGACUUUGGUGCUGCUGCUGCAUGAUUUCGCUGAUAUAUUUUUAGUGGCGGCGAAGGCAGCCAAAUACGCGAACUUCCAAAGACUGUGCGACGUGAUAUUCGCCGUGUUCACGGUCGCGUGGAUUGUCACGCGGCUGGGCUUCUAUCCCUUCUACAUUAUAUGGAGCACAUCGAUCCGCGCGCCAAUGCUCCUGCCGAUGUUCGCGGCAUACUAUAUCUUCAACGCCAUGCUGUGCUUCUUGUUAGCGCUGCACGUGCUAUGGAGCUGGCUCAUCCUGCAGGUCGCCUACAAGGCCAUCAGCGCGGGGCAGGUAUGGACCUUAUGCCGCGGGGAUACGGCGCACAGUGCGAUGCUGUGCGUCCGCUUGGUGCUAUGGAGCUGGCUCAUCCUGCAGGUCGCCUACAAGGCCAUCAGCGCGGGGCAGGUAUGGACCUUAUGCCGCGGGGAUACGGCGCACAGUGCGAUGCUGUGCGUCCGCUUGGUGCUAUGGAGCUGGCUCAUCCUGCAGGUCGCCUACAAGGCCAUCAGCGCGGGGCAGGUAUGGACCUUAUGCCGCGGGGAUACGGCGCACAGUGCGAUGCUGUGCGUCCGCUUGGUGCUAUGGAGCUGGCUCAUCCUGCAGGUCGCCUACAAGGCCAUCAGCGCGGGGCAGGUAUGGACCUUAUGCCGCGGGGAUACGGCGCACAGUGCGAUGCUGUGCGUCAGCUUGGCGCUGCACGUGCUAUGA